CCACACAGCCCCUCGCGCCGCGUUACAGCGGCGUGCUGUCCGUGCUGCGAUGAACAACAACGACUUCCAGCGGUUGCUGACCACCAAUGACAGGGAGCUGGUCCAGCAAUUGACCUCGCGCAAGAAGCCGGGAGGUGGAGGCGCUGGGAAGGGUGGAAAAGGCCAAGGCAAAGGCAAAGAUGACAAAGCCAUUGCGCGCAUCGCGCGGGCCGCCAAGUACAAGCAAAAAGCCCUGGCAAAGGAAGAGAAGGCCGCAGAAGAUAACAAGUACCGCGAUCGCGCAGCUGCGAGACGUGACAUGAAGGAUGAAUACGAGAAAGUCGCUGCGGAAUUCGAAAACCAUGGUGAAGUCUCAGUGGAACAAUCCAAAUACCUGGGAGGCGACUUGGAGCACACGCAUUUGGUGAAGGGCCUUGACUUCGCCCUGCUGAACAAGGUCCGUGCAGAGUUGAACAAGCAGAAGAAGGUGGAGGAAGUCCAGAAAGCGAAGCAGCAGCAGAGAAAGCCGGGCGAGAAGGGCAAGCGCACCUUUGAGAAUCGAAUUGCGAAAAAUGUGUGGUUGACAGUGGUCGAUACCCUGCAUCCGCACCAUAGUACCUUCAAGGAGAGGGUGCAGAGGAUGGGUAAAGCCAUCGCGCAGGGGCAUCACAUCCGCAAUGCGCCCACCAUGUUUCUACCUGGGCGCAUGGCCUAUGAGUUUGACACGGAGCUUGAGAUGGGCAAAACGGAUAUCCCGAGAAUCGUGUACAUGAGCAAAGAGGAGGUGGCCCCCAGUGAACGAAACAAGUCCACUUCUGGCAUGCUCCCAGAGACCGCAGUUCGAGUCCGGGAUGCCAUGCAAAAAGCAGCGGAGAUGAAGAAAAAACGGAAGGAAAAGCAGAUGGCACAAAGCGUCAGCGCUUAUGCCCCGCAAAAGGUGGAUGUUGCCAGGGUCAAGGCUCGCGACAGCGACAACGACAUCUUCUCUGGGGCAGGAUCCUUCGACGCCAACGAGUUCGUGCAGAAGGCGCGAGCAGAGCAAGCCGCAAAGCGUGAGAAGGAAGGCAUCAAAGAGGAGAAGGUGAAGCUGGAGGUGAAAAAGGAGGAAAAAGAGGAGAAGGUCAAAAAGCCCUCCUACUUUGACGAUGCGGGCGAUGAGAAGUACCGCCAAACUCCCAAGGGUCAAUUGGACUUGGAUGAGAUCGAAGUGGAGGAAUCGACUUUGGAGCCUGGUCAGUUCCACAAACCCACGGGGCGAUUCGAUGCCGCCAAGAGAUUUAAGGGCGCAAGGAAGAACUGGGUCUUCAAGUUGGGUGAUCAAGGCUUAGGAUACUACGAGGAAGUGCCACCGCGAAAGAAGGUCGAGACGCCAGUGGUGGAGAAGGACCCACGGAAGCGAAAGGCCAAAGCCAGCAGCGGACCACAGGGCAUGGGCAAUCCAGGCAACGACGCCUAUGAUGAGCUCUUCCCAAGCGCCAUGAUGGGUGGAGCCAUGAUGACAACGCACAGCGAUGACAGCGAUGAGGAGGAUGACAAGAAGAAGGAUAAGGACAAGAAGAAGGGCGCGGAUAAGAAGAAGGCCAUCAACGAGGAUAGCGUGGCCGCCAACAAAAAGGGCGCCGCGGCGGAAGCGAAGAAGCGGAAGAUGAGUGAGAAUCAGCAGUGGCAAAAGAUCGACAACAUGAUCAAGAAAGGAAAGGUGAGUUCCAUGGAGAGCAUGGAGCAGCAAGCCUCGAAGAAGACCGGGAAGACCAGUCACUUAGCCACGCCUGCUUUCUUCUAACGACUGCUCCGGGCGGAGGACAGCGGUGCAACACCCCGCCAGUUUCACCAAGGACGCCCGAGGGCGUCCACAGCGCCGGUUUGGUGACAAAAA